AUGCAUGUAAAGGGGUUUGGGCUAGCUGAAUGGAUUAAUCCAACUGCCUUCUGCUUUACAGAUGUGGGUGAGGAACGCUUGGGGGACACGAGCGGAACAGACAAUGCUGAGACCUACAGUGACAAAGACACGGACCAAAGGAGUUCCCCAGAUGCGACAAAAGCCAAAAGCUGCUUCACUCCCGAGAGCCCUGAAACAGUGUCAGUAGACGAAGGAGGUUAUGCAGUACAGAAAAACGGUGGCAGCACAGAGAGCAGGCCAGACAGUCCCAAAUAUCAUGCAGAACAGAAUCAUCUCCUGAUAGAAGGUCCAUCGGGGACAGUUUCUCUCCCUUUCAGUUUGAAGGCCAACAGACCUCCACUUGAAGUGUUAAAAAAAAUCUUCCCCAACCAAAAGCCGACUGUGCUUGAAUUAAUCUUGAAGGGCUGUGGGGGCGAUCUGGUGAGUGCUGUUGAAGUCCUUUUGUCCAGCCGAUCGUCAGUAGCCAGUGGGGACAGAACUUCUGCGGAAUCUGAUGGUCUUGUUUUGCCUUCCAAUGGGCACAUUUUUGAACACACACUGAGUUCAUAUCCUAUUUCCUCUUCCAAGUGGUCUGUAGGAUCAGCCUUUAGAGUUCCAGACACACUGAGAUUUUCCACCGAUUCUAGUAAUGUUGUGCCAAAUCCUUUGGCUGUACCUUUACAGCACCCUUUCCCACAACCACCCCGAUACCCACUGAUGUUGAGGAAUACUUUGGCAAGAAACCAGUCCAGUCCUUUUCUACCUAAUGAUGUCACUUUGUGGAACACCAUGACGCUGCAGCAGCAGUACCAGCUGAGGUCCCAGUACGUCAGCCCUUUCUCUAGUAAUUCUACCACUGUCUUCCGAAGUUCGCCUGUCCUUCCUUCACGCUCGUCAGAAGAUCCUAGGAUUUCAAUCCCUGAUGAUGGAUGUCCAAUUGUGUCUAAACAGCCUAUUUAUACAGAAGAUGACUAUGAUGAAAGAUCUGAUUCUUCAGACUCUAGAAUACUCAAUACAUCGUCUUAGAAUGACAGUUGAUAUGUGAUAACUAAAUGAUAUUUGCAAAGCAGCUGAACUACUGGGCAUCAAGAAGAGGGAGGCAUUCCCUAUGAACUUCUUGCAAUUAAAUAAAAAAAUGACUUUGCUUGGUGUACUGUACUUUAGCAAUAAAGACAUAACUUAUUUAAUUUCUUGCACUUCACUGGAUAAUGCCAAAUAGCUAUACUUUAGUGCUGAAUGUUCAUUACAAAAGAAGACUCUUACGCUAAGAAUAGUUGUGGGACUAUGGAACAUUUAUAAUGGAAUCUAAAACUGAUGGUCUGCCUUGCUCCUUAACUCAGACAACCGGGAAUGUUAAAAUAGAAUACUUGAAUGCUGUUUUAUAAGAGAGGAUUCCUCAGGACACAAGAAAUCAAACAAAAGUAGUUCAGUUGCAAAUGGACUAAAACAGGGACCUUAUACUCCUAUGACAAUAAUCAUCCAUGCAUUAAAAAAGACUUACUGCACAUAGGAUUAGUGUGAACUGCUUCUGUGCUGUUUAAGCUUGGACACUUUUUAGAGACAAAUAAUAUUAAGAAUUAUUCUUUUCACAUGGAUAGGUCAAAACGUGUAAUGUCAGUGUAAAACCAAUUACAGCUGUGAAUUGCAUGAAAUGUAUUGUGAAAUGAACACAAGAUUAAACAUUGUCAGGUUAAUGUAGCAUGCUAAGGACUCUAGAAAAAUAAACUAAGAAGAUUAUCUUGGUUGUCAUUCAUACUUGGGAAAAGAACCUUUCUGAAGAUAGAAGGCCAGAUACUUUGCUGGCAUAAAUGUAUCUAGCUUCAUCAAUGCCAGGGGAAGUAGGCCAUUUUGUACAUGUGGAGGAUCUCACCCGCUAUGUUGAAGCCAGUGAAUGAGUAUGACAGUGAAUAAAAAUCCAUAAAGGUGUUGUGUCUUGAAGAUAUGUGUAAUAGGGUUGUGAGGGCUCGGCAGAGUAAAGCAGAGUUUGUUAUUUUAGAGAAAAGAGAAAUAAAGGAUGUUACUGCAUAGCUCCUUUUUUUCCUCUGAUUGAGUGGCAUGGAGGAGAGGUCCUAUGACAAUAGAAGACAUUAAAGCAACUUGUAAUUUACAAAUAUUUAAUGCUUUCAGAUUCAAGAAUGAUUUAUUGCACGUGUGCAUGGUAUUAAUUCAGUCCCUUUCAUGAGCACGGCAAAGCGGCACUAAGCACCAUCUCCAAUGCUAUACUAAUUAAAACACUAUAGUAAUUGCGCGUCUUUUAAAGCAUGCUCUAGAUUUCCAGCACAAUUUUUAAGCCUUUCGCUAAAGACCACAUAUGCUUGUUAGCUCAUUGGUAGUACUGUAACCCCUAUUUUAAUGUAGGUAAAACAUAAUGGGGUGUUCAUUAUGUUCCCCAUCAAAACAAUUCCAGUGCUAACACAUCAGGGCCCUGAAGCCGAAUGGAUGCAGCUCCAAUACAAAUUGGACACGUUAAUAUAAAUUCUGUUGCAGAUCAGUGGCACCUCUGUUCUA